CACAGUCGCGGCCCUCCGCGCGCCCCUUUCCCCGCAGGGCUUAGUCCCAGAUCUUCCCGUGAGGCUCCUCGCUGCCUCGUGUCAGGCCGUGGGAGCCCAUGGAGGUAAAGGAGGAUAAGCAGCAAGAGCAUAAAAUAGAAGAUGCUGGUAUAGUGUAUGUAACUGAAAAAAAAGAAGAAAUCAAACAUGACAAAAAACCUGGAAAAAGUAUACAACAUUCAAAACCAUGUGUCGGGAGAGGACGUGUAUAUUAUGCGAAAUUCAUUCAUACAAACGCAAGAACAUUCAAUGAACCAGUUCCCUACAUAGAUCCCAAAAAAGGGCCAGAAAAGCAGGGUGACUGGUGGUCACAUGGUAAAAGACUGGAGCAUCCCUUCCAACCAUCUUAUGACACUAAGAGCACCCAGAGGAGUGACUUUCAAAAACCAGCAUGUCCAUUGGUUUUGCCAGUCAAACACAGCAAGUUGCAAAAGCCUUCUUGUGGAAUAGUAUUGACCACCUCACCCUUUUUUGAGGAGAUUAUUUCAGAUGACUGGUAUCCCGUAAAACAACGUAGGAAAUACUGUUACAUGGACUGUUAA